AUCCCCAUCCAGAACAUUGCGGACGAACUACUUCAUGUACGGCAAGCACGGGUAGAACGCACACAUAGCGAGAACCUCCUCAACCAUGGUGCUGCAAAGAGUAGUGGAAGCGCUGCUGCUGCUGGGCCUUCUAGCCCUCACGCUUCCAGCGACGAUCAGUAGCGCUUACGAGCUGACGCUGGAAGGCGAGCUGGAAUCGGGCAUCAAGGAUUGGUCCUGCAAAUCGUACUGCAACAACUGCAAUUGUACGGCCGAGUUCAUCCCGGACGAGAACCUGUGUCUGUGCUACUGUCCCAACCCGACGGAAAAACCGACCUGUUUCCAGUUCGUGCGUGAAACGAACAACAUACUCGGCAUCGAGUACGAUCUGCAGGUGCGGGAUGCGGCCCGCAGUGUCAUUGGAGUGCAGCGAAGCAAACGUGACACCCCGAGAAUGCAGCGAAAGGCUAGAAGGAAGGAGCGCAUGGACAGACGUAGAGAAAUGCGGAAAGAGAGGAAAAUGAACCGAGGUGUGGUGGCCCCCGCUGCUUAGAAAUCGUCAUCCAUCGUAAGACCAUCAAACUGGUCAUACAUAAGUGUAAAAAUAAAUAUUUUAAUUACUAUACCAAUAAACGUUAUGCUCCUGGAUAUAUUACACAUAUGCCAAGAAUGAAUCUGGAAGUUUA